AUGUCUGUUGAAGUUAGUAGUCAUGUUGAAGUUACUGGGGAAAGGAAGGUUGGAUAUCUAGAGAAGCUAAGUCUUCCUCAAGUUACUAUCCGAGCGACUUUAGUUGGAUUAGUAAUUGGGUCAGUUAUUCUUAUAUCGAAUUUUCAGUUUGGUUUACAAACAGGAUGGGUUUCUAUGAUGUCUCUACCUGCGGCCUUGCUAGGUUUUGCUACGUUCAAGCUAACACCCUUGGCGCAGGAUUUCACUGAUGUGGAAAAUGUCUAUAUUCAAAGUAUUGCUGUUGCUGUGGGGACAGGACCCCUUGCUUAUGGAUUCAUUGGUAUUAUUCCAGCAAUUGAAAAGUUUCUAACGCCACAAGAGUCGGGUAUCGGGAAGCAUAUCAUUUUUUCAACCAAGGAGUUGAUAAUAUGGUCUAUGGGAUUAGGAUUAUUUGGAGUGUUUUUCGCUAUUCCCUUGAGAAAUCAAGUGAUUAUUAAAGAGAAACUUGCCUUUCCCUCUGGGAGCGCUACGGCAACAUUGAUAUCUGUGCUACAUGGUACAGAGGUUUUUGAAGAUGAAAGCGACGAAGAAGCAAAAGGAGAAGAAGAAGAAGAAGCAGAGGAGCAAUUGAAGAACCUACAAGGGGGUGGUGGUGGUGGUGGAGGAGGAGGAGGAGUCGAUUUUCCAAGCUUACAACGAGAAACUUCUACUACCCAACUCUUGAAGGCUACCGACUACAACAGCAAUAUGCAAUCACUAGGAAUCACCUUUGGUAUAUCUGCAGUGUAUACUAUAGUAUCGUUUUUUUUCCCCAUACUAAAGAGAUUGCCAAUAUUUGGAACUUGGAUGUCCAAGAGAUACCUUUGGGAUUUUCAACCAUCACCUGCAUACAUUGGUCAAGGCAUUAUUAUGGGAUUACCUACUGUUUCAUAUAUUUUAUUUGGUGCAAUACUAGGUUGGGGAGUUUUAGCGCCGUUGUCGAAACAUAUGAAAUGGGCACCAGGCGAAAUUGACGAUUGGAUGGAAGGUGGUCAAGGUUGGAUAUUAUGGAUUAGUUUAAGUAUCAUGGUUGCAGAUUCGCUUAUUUCCUUUAUUGUGCUUAGCAUCAAGUCGGUCAUCUCGUUUUUCGAUGAUUUGAAAAGGAGAGAACGUUUGUAUGCAAACUCAUUGGAGCUUCAACAACCAUUGACUGCCAGUUAUAGCAAUCCAGGUGUUAAUGACGAAACUAUUAACAGCCAUAAUACCACCUCCUCCAAGAUCACUACCUCCACCACCUUGUACGCCGAACCACGGAACCGGCAAAAGGUUGUCGAAGUGCCCCUGGAAUUCCUUAUUUCCAAUAAAGUGGCAAUUGUAGGAACAAUAUUCUCAUCCAUAUUGUGCAUAUGUACGCUUUACUGGAUUUUUGGCGAGUUGAUUCCCAUAUAUGCAUCGAUAACAGCUAUAUUACUAGCAAUGCUAUUCAGCGUGCUUGCCACAAGAACUCUUGGUGUUUCCGACAUUAACCCGGUGAGUGGGAUUGGCAAAUUGUCACAACUUAUCUUUGCCCUCAUCAUCCCUUCCGACCAUCCAGCAAAAGUAUUGAUCAACUUGAUAUCAGGAGGCGUUGCAGAAGCAGGAGCACAACAAGCUGGAGACUUGAUGCAAGAUUUGAAAACUGGUCACAUGGUUGGUGCCGCUCCAAAAGCUCAAUUUGUUGCUCAAAUAAUAGGUACCAUAUUUUCCGUGUUUCUCAGUUCCAUCAUGUACAGGGUAUACCAAUCUAUUUACGAGAUUCCUAAUGACAUAUUUCGUAUUCCCACGGCAAUAAUUUGGAUUGACUGUUCAAGAUUGGUUACUGGAGAAGGUCUACCGCCAAAAGCGAUGGAGUUUUCCAUAGUCUUUGGUGUUGUUUUUGCCUUGAUAUCCUUAUUGAAAAACACAUUACCACAAACUUCAAAGUUUCACAAGCAUUUGGUAUGGUUACCAAAUGGUGUCGCCGUAGGGAUUGGUAUCUACAACACACCCAAUUUUACACUCGCGAGGUUUCUAGGUGGCCUCAUAGCUUACUACUGGGCAAGAUUAAGUAGCAGAGGAAGAAUAGGAAUGAUCAUAUUUAGCAGUGGCCUCGUUCUAGGAGAAGGUCUACUAAGUGGAUUUACGAUGCUACUCACAAGCCUAGGAGUAAAACAUUUUUAA